AUGAAGCAGCGAUUGCGAUCCAAAGUUUGGUGGCCUAAAAUGGACCAAGGCUUUGAACAGUGGAACAAAGCUUGUUAUGGAUGCCAGCUAGUAUCACAACCUGAAAAAGUGGUACCUAUUCACAGAACAGAACUACCAUCUCGACCAUGGGAACAUUUAGCAGCUGAUUUCCUAGGACCGUUACCAUCGGAAGAUUGUUUUACUAUCGUCGAUUAUUAUUCACGAUGGAUUGAUCUGGCUGUCAUGAGAUCUACAACGGCGGAGAAAAUGGUCGAAGGGAAGACCACCCCAUUGUGGCCACAGGCCAGUGGAGAAAUUGAACGUCAGAACAGAUCAAUAUUGAAGAGACUUAAGAUCGCACAAGCAGAAAAUAAAGACUGGAAAUCUGAACUUCAGACUUAUUUGCUGAUGUAUCGCUCAUCACCACAUACUACAACAGGAGUGAGUCCGGCCGAGUUGUUGUUCCGUCGAGUUAUUCGUACAAAACUACCAGAUAUCCACACAUAUCGUCAGACAGAUUACCGAGAUGGAGAUAGAGAUGCGGAGAAGAAGGCAAAAGGGAAGAUAUAUUCUGAAUCUAAAAGAGGAGCUACACUUAAUGACAUUAAACCUGGAGACCUUGCUUUGAUGAAUAAGAACAAGGAAAACAAGUUAUCUGCGACAUAUCAUAGUAAUCCAUUCAAAGUUGUCGAGAAAAAAUGGAAAUAUUGUUGUGUUAAAAUCCAUGGAGGGAGUUCAUUACAAAAGAAACGCAUCGAAUUUGAAAAAGUUUGUGAAUUCCAAGGAAUCUGUGAAAGUGUCAAGUGA